AUGGACGAAUCAGCGUCUGCUCUAGAGCACUUUCGCCAACAAUGGAAAGAAGAAGUCAACGCACGCUCACAAAGGCCAGACAGGAGGCCUUCGGAACCCAAAUCCCUGGAGAAAGCCAGAAGAACGAGUGACGUGCGCUUAGACAGACCUGUUUAUAAGCCGCCGACUCGCCACCCAGCAGCGGACAUCAAAGAUGAGCCCGAGCACUAUAGCGACGAGGAGCAGGCGACGGAUGAUGCAACUUCAAGCAUGAUUCAGCGUAUUGAAGGAUUGAGUAUCCGCAAUGUUGACGAUGACGACUUUACGGCAAGAGGCUCGUCCAGAGAGCCGACCAGUGCGCUGGAACACUACGAACGGGCGGUGGAAAAGGAGAGCCAGGGAAAUCUGGGGGACAGUCUUUCCCACUACAGAAAGGCCUACCGGCUCGACGCAAAGGUCGACCAGUCUUACAGGAACAAACAUUUCCCCGCAAAGUCGAAACCCGCCGACCCGAACCCGUCCAAUGCUGCCGUCACAGUCCCUUCAACCGCCCACCACUCAUCGAAAGAACCCACGGAGGUCUUGACGUUUGCUCAGCUGAUCGACAGCUUUGCCGACACACAGAUCAUGGGUGUUCUGCCUCUCAUUGAAGGAGACCGGCCUCCGCCGUGCGGGAUCAAGAAACUGCCUACAGAAGUCCUGUUGGAACUACUGCAACACGUGGCAAUCCGUGACCCAGCCAUGUUCGUCCGCUUAUCCUUGGUUUGCAAGAAGUUAGCAUAUCAUGUUCUGACUGAGAAUGCCAUCUGGAAGCGUGUUGCUUUGGGCCCGGAGUUUGGGCUUGCUGGUCAACGGUACGACUUCGCCACAGACCUUCAAGGUCGAGAAUCCAUCAACCGGACGCUAGGCACGGAUUCAAAUAUCGAAGACGAGGAGGCAGGCCCGUCAAUCGUCACAGAGGCUUCCUUUCCCAAAGACACGGUCUGGCGUAACAUCUUCCAAAAUUACCCCCGCGUCCGGUUCAGCGGUGUAUAUAUCUCGACUGUCAAUUAUACGCGACCGGGUGGUGCAUCAGCCAACCCGAACACCUGGAACAAUGCGAUCCACAUCGUCACGUACUACCGGUAUCUCCGCUUCUUCCGGGACGGGACAUGCAUAUCGCUACUCACGACCAACGAGCCUAUUGAGGUGGUUCACCACCUGACCCCAGCCAACCUCAACUACGUCCGAACCGGCAAAAAGGAGUCGGCGCAUCCCCUCAACUUCACGUCGUCAGCCCCCGCACUUUGGAAGGAAUCAUCUUCUGGGCAGGCCUCGACCCGCACAGGUGCGGGAGGAGGAACCAACGCCGCGCCAUCACCAUCGGCGCAACAAAUCAUGAAACAUGCCCUUCGCGGCCGUUGGAGGCUUUGCCACCCCAGCCUUGAACCUGCCGACUCUAUUGGUACAACCACAACUACAACCGCAACCGCCAACGCCGCGUCCACACAUUCGGAAUAUUCUCCCAGGCCGAUUUACCCUGGAGAUCUUCACAUCGAGACGGAAGGUGCCGGCCCACGCUACAUGUACACAUUACACCUAUCCCUGAAGUCGGCGGGGUCGGCGCGGUCCAAGCACACCACUAAAAACAACAAGCUGCAGUGGAAGGGGUUCUGGAGCUACAACCUCCUGACCAAUGACUGGGCCGAGUUCACGCUGAGGAACGACAAGCCGUUUUAUUUCUCGAGAGUCAAGACUUAUGGGCUGGGAUAUUGA